UCUUUUAUUCCUCUCUGCAGUUUGAAACUGUCAGGUCGCUGCCAAGGGAUCCGCUUUACCGCUGUUGUUUCGGCUACGACGCGGCGAGGAGAAGGGGAGGCAGGCGUCUGGGUUUGUGGAGACCCGCGACGGCCGCUGUGAUUGAGACCUGUUUCACCUUCCACUGAAAUUGUUCAGUGUUCGUGUAGAAUGUCAUCAGAUGAGGAGAAAGGCUCACUUCCCGUUAUACAGAAUGACUCUGAGCAGGGCAGUUCUGUCUCUUCAGAUCUUCAGGAAGAGUAUGAAGAACUGCUUCGUUACGCUAUCGUGACUCCAAACAUUGAAUCAGGUGCUCUACAGCCAUGUCAUUCUAAGGGAGAAGUGGUACCAGAUGUGCGGGUUCCUACUAUAAUUGAUGAUAUUCUUCAUAAUCAAGCAGGAAAUAGCCCUGUAGUAAGAGAAACAAGGAUGGAAGUUGGAAAAGGAUGUGAUUUAAAUAUUUCAAGUCAUUCAAAGACGGAUGGGUCAUCGCCAGUGUCGUCACCGAGGAAACCCUCACACCCUGUCAUGGAUUUUUUCAGCUCUAACCUCUUAGGUGACUCUUCCUCACCAGCAUCUAUUUCUAGUCAUGCAGACGUCCAUGAAAUCAUUGUGAGUGAUUUUCUUACUUCAGAUGAAAACCUUCAGAAGAUGGAAAAUGUACUGGAUCUUUGGAGUUCAGGGCUUAAGACAAACAUCAUAUCUGAACUAAGCAAAUGGAGACUGAAUUUUAUUGACUGGCACCGAAUGGAAAUGAAAAAAGAGAAAGAAAAACAUGCAGCACACUUAAAACAACUGUGCAACCAGAUCAACAGCUUGAAGGAGCUGCAAAAAGCCUAUGAAGUUUCCAUCGGGAGAAAAGAUGAGGUGAUUUCUAGCUUGUCUCAUGCCAUAGGCAAGCAAAAGGAAAGGAUAGAGUUGAUGAGAACAUUCUUCCACUGGCGAAUUGGCCAUGUUAAAUGCAGACAGGAUGCCUAUGAAGGUAAACUAGCUGACCAGUACUUCCAGAGAACUUUACUGAAGAAAGUCUGGAAAGGCUGGAGAUCCAUAGUACAGAAACAGUGGAAAGAUGUGGUAGAACGAGCUUGUCAAGCAAGAGCGGAAGAAGUUUGUGUCCAGAUUUCCAAUGAUUAUGAAACCAGAGUUGCUGUGUUAUCUGGAGCUUUGGAAAAUGCAAAAGCUGAGAUUCAAAGAAUGCAGCAAGAAAAAGAGCACUUUGAAGAUUCCAUGAAGAAAGCUUUCAUGAGGGGUGUGUGUGCAUUAAAUCUCGAAGCCAUGACUAUAUUUCAAAACAGAGGUGAUACAGGGAUAGACUUCACAAAUAAAAAAGAAGAGUAUGGCCCUGGCGUUCAAGGCAAAGAACAUUCUUCUCAGUCAGAUUCUCUGGCCCCUCAGAUGCCCUCAGUGGUUGCACUGCCACCAUCCCCGCCAGCAGCAGCCAUGGGAGCGGCCAGCGCCUCUGCUUUUACCUCCGCUGCCUCCAUCACUUCUGCUGGGGCCACUUCUGCUUCCUCUGCUCACCUUCCGGUUUCUGCAACUCUUGGCUCCGGGUCUACAGCUGCUGCUGCACCAGAAGAAAUGUAUGUGCCCAGAGUUGUGACAUCUGCACAACAGAAAGCUGGAAGAACAAUUACAGCCCGGAUCACAGGGAGAUGUGAUUUUGCCUCCAAAAACAGAGUUAGUAGCAGCUUAGCUAUAAUGGGAGUUUCUCCUCCCAUGAGCUCAGUUGUUGUGGAAAAACAUCAUCCAGUCACAGUGCAAACCAUUCCUCAAGCUGCUGCAGCAAAGUAUCCCCGGACAAUUCAUCCUGAAAGUAGUACCUCAGCUUCUAGAUCCCUCGGAACCAGGUCAACUCACACCCAGUCUCUCACAAGCAUCCAUUCCAUAAAAGUGGUUGACUAAAAUGAAUAUGCACAUAUUGAGAUCUUUUAAUUCUUCUGGUUUUACCAAGGAUUAGAAGUCUCUCAUUUUUAAAAUUUCAUAUUCUUAAAACAUCAUGGAUACAUCAUGUUCAUCUUUUCAAAAUUACAAGAGACUUUUUCAAGCCAUACCAUCCUUUGUAACUAUAUGUAGGAUUAUUUUAAUGUUAUUUUUUUUAAUUUAAAUGAUUAAGUAAAACUUUUUUAAAUUAAAAAAUGACUUAAUUUUUUAAUAGGUUCAGCCGGUCACUGAUUACAUCAUCAAAGUAUAUAAAUCCUGUUUCUCAACAUUAUUUCCAAAAGGGUCAAUCAUUUCCAGUGUUACCAAGUCAACUCUGAGAACUUUACUAAAAAUAUUAAAAUAGAAUUAAGGUAUUUUUAUUUUAAAAUUAAAAAGUAAUAAUGAUACUUUAAUACAAAGUUACUGUGAUGUUGGUAUAUUAGUCUUCAUUUUCCUAAGAUUAUUACAAUUAAAAAUGGGAAUCGGUAAGAUCUAUGAAUAAUUUUAAUGUUAAAAGGGAAAGAUUUUUUUGCUGGACAAAAAGAGAGACACAGAAACAUCAAAAAAAUUUCCUCUUAGAAUGAUCCUAUUUCUGAUGUUCUUUCUUGCCUUUCUGAAACUGUAUGGUGUUGAGCCUUUUUUCUCUCUGCACAUCUAAACAUCGCCGUAUGGGAGUGGGUAUAGCACUGGGCAAUUCAGCAAACCUUCUAGGCCUGGGCAGAGACUUUUCAGUGGAAGAAACCAUCUGGGUAAAAGUGAUUGAGGAAAGCAAGACCAGGCUUCUAAUGGUUUUAUUGCUGGCUGACUGGGUUAUCUUGGGCCAGACAUUUAAUGUCAUAAAUCAUAGGAUACCACUUGUGAAACAGAUCUACCUACCCCUCCUAUUUCAUAAAGUACUCUGGCUUACAUAAAAACAAGUCAAUUCUAAAGAAUCUUUCCAUAGCCUCAAUUUUCAUAUCUUUCACAGAAUUGGAUGGACUUAAUUAGAAGCCUGUUUCACUUUGAAUGUGAUCUAGCUCUGUGCUCUAACUUUAUUAUAGGAAAUAGUUUUUCUUACUGUCUCACCUUGUAAUAGAACAUGAGAAUAAAUGUGAGAUAGGCAAAUAUCCUUUUUCCUAAAGGGCACACCAAGGCUUUUCUGAAUUAAAGAAUAAAAGAAUUAGAGUAUUGUGUGUUAGAGUAUUAGAUCCUUCUUUUGCAGCACUGUUGUGAAUUCUGGUCCAGCUACCACUGUGGCAGACAGCGCAUCAGGAGUUACAACAAACACAAACCAACAGUGCCUCUUGUGCUACCCGUACCUCGGCCAUGCUCUUCUCUAGGACUUCACCAUGC